UCAUUACUUCCCUCACGAAGCAAGCAACACCGACACGUACAUCUCAAUAUCUGCUUCAACUCGAUCGCCACCCGAUCUCUCUUUCGUUCAGCUUCCCCACUCGAUCGCCAUGGACGGCCUCAUUCCCAUGGCUUACCGAGCCCUCAAGAAGAACAACACUCGCCGCCGCUACCAAUGCCUCUCCGCCGACAACGACGCCCAAGUCAGCGAGCGACCACCCACAUCGGAGAACGGCGCCAGCAGCGGUUCAGGUCAUCAUCAGCGGUACGUCUCGGCCGGAGCUUUCCUGGAGUCGGAGGAUCAUCACCAGCGUUACAGUUCUUCGGCCAGCAUGGUCGUUGCCGACGACGCGGAGCUACUCGGAAGAGGCACCGGAGGACGACGGGCCACCAACCGGCGGCUGUUUCACUGUUUUACCUAGCUAAUUCCGAUUCUGCCCUGAUGUACGUAGAUGCCGUAUGGCUGUGCAGUUAUGACAAUGAAUAUUAUUGUGAAAUCAUAUAUUGAUGUUAUUGUGUAUGAAUAUCAAUGACAUGAUGAACAAGUUAAUUUCUAUUUAGUUCCAAUCAUUAUAUCUACAAAGAGUACAGGCUAAUAUCAUAUCCAUCUUGUGCUUCCUCGAGUACUGCUACAGCUUCAAACCGAGCCACAGAAUCGACCUACAAGCUCACAACUUUUUCCACAAUUAUCAAAGAAUGCUCGCUUCAAAGAGACCUGAACCCGGGCUAACAAGCCCAUGCUCGAUGCCGCGACGAAUUUUGUCUCGAACUGUUUGAUCCACAUGUAUGUCAGGUGUUAGCAUAGUUAAUAACAUACCGCACGUGAA